CCUAGCUCACAGGGCUCGUGCCCUCCAUCUCUGACGGGUCAACACGCGGGCCCACCCGCCACUCACUCGCCCAGUCUCUCUCUCUCUAACAUUCCCUCCCUCUCUCUCUCUAUCUCUAUCCACCCACAUGCGCUCUCCCUCUCUCUCUCUCUCCUCGAAGCCCCGUUUAUUUAUGCUCGCCUCUCCUCGUUCCCCCAUCCCAUCCGUGUCUCUCUCUCUCUCUCUCUCUUCUCUCUUCCCUCUUCCCUUCGAUUGCAGUCCAUGUCCGAGGAACAGUAGUUAGUUAGUUCACAGCACAACACCACCGCGGCAAUUAGUUUGGUUAGUUAUUAGUUAGCUAGCAGCUUGAGGAGGUGUGAUCGAUCGAGGCAGAAGUAACCUCGAUCGGCGAGAUCGAAGCUCUAGCUCUAGCUAGCUCUCUGGCGGGCAUGUUUCCGGCGGAGGCGUCGUUCGCCGGCGCGGACGCGGCCAUGCUGCCGCCCUUCUUCGUGGGCUCCAUGUGGCAGUCGGCGCCGGGCGGCGGCGCGGCCGCCUUGUCCGAGGAGGACGAGGUAGCCGCCGCCGCUGCUGCCGAGGCGGCGCACGACCGCGCGGUGGCGGCGACGCGCAACCACCGCGAGGCCGAGAAGCGCCGCCGCGAGCGGAUCAAGUCGCACCUCGACCGCCUCCGCGCCGUCCUCGCCUGCGACCCCAAGAUAGACAAGGCGACGCUGCUGGCCAAGGCGGUGGAGAGGGUGCGGGAGCUGAAGCAGCGCAUGGCCGGCGUCGUCGGCGAGGCGGCCGCGCCGGCGAGCCACCUGUUCCCGACAGAGCACGACGAGAUCGUGGUGCUCGCUUCAGGUGGCGGCGCUGGUGGCGCGGCGGCCGUGUUCGAGGCCUCCCUCUGCUGCGACGACCGGUCCGACCUCCUCCCGGGGCUCAUCGACACGCUGCGCGCGCUCCGCCUCCGCACGCUCCGCGCCGAGAUGGCCACCCUCGGCGGCCGCGUCCGCAACGUGCUCGUCCUCGCGCGCGAUGCCGGGUCAGCCGGACACGACGACGACGACUACGCCGCCUCCUCCGAGGACGGCGGCGCCGACUUCCUCAAGGAGGCCCUGAGGGCGCUCGUGGAGAGGCAGGGGGCCGCCGCCGGCGACCGGCCCAAGAGGAGACGCGUCGCCGACAUGAACAUGCAAGCGGCAGCUUAAUCAAUCAGCUAGCCGGCCGGCGGCCAUAGCCCUCAUAGUAUCUGAUAUGAUUGCAUAUGGCGGUCAAUCGAUCUCAUGCAUGCCAUGGUAAUGGUACUACUACUACUAUAUAUACAGCGUGUUAAUUUGCUUUCAAAGUUAAUUAGUUUUGUGUGAUGGUUAAUUAGCUUCAAUUCUCCAUAUAUAUACCAUCGUUCAUAUGGCUAACUCUUCUUGGUGAUGCCAAUAUGCCAUGUAUAAUUAGGGAUAUAUAUAUUACCUUUAAUUUUUACCAUUAGGGUUUGCUUGAGCUUUAAUCAAAUGUUGCUCCAAAGCCAUGGCAAACCCAGCACCUAAAAUAACAGUCAAAUGUCAGCAGAUAUGCACAAUGCAAGACUUGAUUCCCCUGCUAUACAAACACUGGAUAACUGGAGGCAUUUCUGUUUGCAAGAUCCCACAAGUCCAUUUUUGAUCAUAUAUGCAUGCAUGUAAGACAAGUCUUCGGAUCAAACAAAGAUGUUUGCAUGGCAUGCAUACAUGUAGCAAUGCAUGGCAGGUCCUAAGAUGAAAACAAAGAUGCUUGUUCCAAUGCAUUGCAUUGCAAUGUAGCAGCAUGCAUUCUGUCUGUCCUGUCUUGUGAAUGAAUGAAUGUUUGGAAUAUUGAAUGAA